AUGUUAAGCAGGGUAUGUAGGUCGUCGUUGAGGAACAGUGUAGCUAGGGUCUCGCGGUACGCUGGUCCGAGGGCUCUGGCUCUGUCCAUGGUUGUAAGCGGGAGGCAGGUUAGUGGUAGUUGGCAAACGUGUGCUUAUGGUGUGCGGUACAUACAUAGUUCGAGGCCUCGGUAUGUGCAGAUGCGUAUGAAUCCCAAUCAAGGAGAGCCUGAGAAGCCGCCUUUGGAGCAGUUUGGUACUAAUCUGACGAAGUUGGCUAGGGAUGGUAAGCUGGAUCCCGUGAUAGGUCGUGACGAGGAGAUCUCGAGGGCUAUCCAGAUCUUAUCGAGAAGGACCAAGAACAACCCGGUUCUGAUCGGGAGAGCUGGUGUCGGUAAGACUGCACUUAUCGAUGGCUUGGCGCAACGGAUUGUCGCUGGUGAAGUACCGGAGUCGUUGAAGGAUAAAGAACUAGUGGCCUUAGAUCUGGGUGCUCUGAUCGCUGGUGCGAAGUACAGAGGUGAAUUCGAAGAAAGGCUGAAGAAAGUCCUGGAGGACAUAGACAAAGCAGACGGGAAAGUGAUAGUGUUUAUUGAUGAGGUCCACAUGCUGCUUGGCCUCGGGAAAACUGACGGUAGCAUGGAUGCUUCCAAUAUAUUGAAGCCAAAGUUGGCAAGAGGACUAAGGUGCAUAUCUGCCACUACAAUCGAUGAGUUCAAGAUAAUCGAGAAGGAUCCUGCUCUGACUAGGAGAUUCCAACCUAUCUUGCUAAAUGAACCUUCUGUGCAAGAUACAAUCUCUAUCUUAAGAGGUCUAAAGGAAAGAUACGAAGUUCACCACGGUGUCAGGAUCACGGAUACUGCUCUGGUGUCCGCUGCUGUACUAUCAAACAGGUACAUCAACGAUAGAUUCUUACCAGAUAAGGCUAUCGACCUGGUGGAUGAGGCAUGUGCUGUGUUGAGGUUACAACAUGAGUCAAAGCCCGAUGAGAUUCAAAGAUUGGAUAGGGCCAUUAUGAAAAUUCAAAUUGAACUAGAAUCAUUAAAGAAAGAAACUGACCCAGUGUCUAUUGAAAGGAAAGAAGAUCUAGAAAAAGAGCUAGAAAGGAAAAAUGAGGAACUUCAACGACUAACUAAGAUCUGGGAGGAAGAAAAAGCUGAAAUAGAGUCUAUUAAGAACUCCAAAGCCGACUUGGAGAAAGCUAGAAUCGAAUUGGAUAGAUGCCAAAGAGAAGGUGACUAUGCAAAGGCGUCCGAGCUUAGAUAUGCCAAGAUCCCAGCUUUAGAAGAGAAAGUGAAACUCAGCGAAACUAAGGACUCAAAUAAGGAAAACUUACUGCAUGAUGCUGUCACUUCAGAUGAUAUUUCAAAAGUCAUUGCCAAGAUGACAGGUAUUCCAAUGGAAACAGUAUUAAAAGGAGACAAAGAUAGACUUUUAUAUAUGGAAAACUCCUUGAGAGAAAGAGUUGUAGGUCAAGACGAAGCUAUCGAAGCUGUUUCAGAUGCAGUGAGACUACAAAGAGCUGGCCUAACGAGUGAAAAGAGACCAAUUGCCAGUUUCAUGUUUCUGGGCCCAACUGGUACAGGUAAGACCGAACUAACCAAGGCGCUUGCUGAGUUCCUGUUCGAUGACGAGUCUAAUGUAAUUAGAUUUGAUAUGUCCGAGUUUCAGGAAAAACACACUGUUUCAAAGUUAAUAGGUGCCCCUCCAGGAUAUGUAUUAAGUGAAUCAGGUGGUCAAUUAACGGAGGCUGUUAGGCGGAAACCUUAUGCUGUCGUUUUGUUCGAUGAAUUUGAAAAGGCUCAUCCAGAUGUUUGUAAGAUUUUGUUGCAAGUCCUUGACGAGGGUAAGUUGACAGAUUCAUUGGGACACCACGUCGAUUUCCGUAAUACCAUAAUUGUCAUGACUUCUAAUAUUGGUCAAGAUAUUUUACUAUCAGACACGAAAUUAGAUGACGAAGGGAAGAUCGAUCCAUCUACAAGAAACGAAGUUAUCGAAGCGAUGAAAAGAUCUUAUCCUCCAGAGUUCAUUAAUCGUAUUGAUGACAUCCUAGUGUUCAAUAGAUUAUCCAAGAAGGUCCUAAGAUCGAUUGUCGACAUCAGAGCCAAAGAAAUUCAAGAAAGAUUGAACGAUAAGCGUAUGACGAUUGAAAUAUCGGAUACUGCUAAAGAAUGGCUGACAGAACACGGUUAUGACCAACUAUAUGGCGCUAGACCUUUGAAUAGAUUAAUUCAUAGAAGAAUAUUGAAUCCUAUGGCAACUUAUCUAUUAAAGGGCCAAAUCAGGAAUGGUGAAACCGUCCAAGUAGAUGUUGAAAAUAAGGAACUUGUUGUUAAAAGUAAUCACGCCGAAGGAGAAAUCGUGGAUGAAGAACCUGAGAAAUAA